AUCUUGCACUUCUGCCCCCUCACUCUGUCUGUAUCUCUCUCACCCCCCCACGACCCUUCAAUCCUGUAGCAUCCCAGGAUUUGCAGCAGCUGUUCUCUCGGUCGAAAGAUGGCUCCUCGCGCCUGAUCCAGGUUCUGAUCGACAACGAAUACCUGGUGGUGGGUGAGUGUCACCCCCCGGCUGCGAGCUGGGACAGUGAUUAUGAGAAGCUCCUGUUGCCUUUGCUCAGGCCAGACGAACCCUGCUACGUUCUGUAUCGCCUGGACAGCCAGAAUGCACAAGGCUUCGAGUGGAUCUUCAUCUCGUGGAUUCCAAUGAGCUCCGCGGUAAGGCACAGGACAGACAGACAGACGGACGGGCUGAGGGGACAGGCCGAAAACAUGGCAUAUGUCUCUCUCUGUCGGGUGUGGGGAGUCGGGGGAACUGCACACGCUGUCUGUCUCUCUGUAUUGGAUAAUAUUCUUGUCCCCGAGUGUGGUGAGCAGGAGAGGGCUUUUGCAUGUUGCUUUUGUCCUAAUUUUCUUCCUGCUUCCUCGAUCUCCCUCUUUAUCCCCCCAACCCUCCUUUCCCCUCCCCCCUCCUUCUUGCAGGAUGAAGUCACUCUGAAAGGUUAUCGCAGUCACUUGGUGUCAGACUCAGCCCCGGCCCCCCUCACAACCGCUGAGCAGGAACUGAAACAGCUCAAGAUCACAGAGAUGAACACCGACGUGAACGUGGACACCAGGCAGCGGACGCUACAGGGCAUCGCGUUCCCCGUUCAGGAUGACGCCCUACGUGCCCUGCGCCAGCUCCAACAGAAGGAGUGCCACUACGUUCAGCUGAAACUGGACAUUGAAGCGGAGCUGAUCACAUUGGUCACCACCGAGCCAACGGGCAUCGCUGAGCUGCCCAGCAGGGUCCCCUCAGACUCCCCUCGCUGGCAUUUCUACCUGUACCAGCACACACACGAGGGCAGCUCGCUGGAAUCCCUAG